CCCCGGCGCGGGCGAGGAAAUGACCUAAGAGGAAACCGGGGCCGGGCGGGAGCAGCGCCGGAGCCGCGCGAUGCCCCGGCGGCAGCGGCAGCCAGCGGAGGCGGCAGCCAGCCCAGCAUUUUGCAUCCAGCAGAUCAUCUCGUGUGCGUGUCAAAGCGAGCUCUUCCUCUCUGUGCUGUGCCUACCCUCCUGCUGUCUCCGUUGUAGCAAGAAGCAGAAGACAAUGAAUGCAGAGACUCUCUAGGAGCACUGCUGGUGCUGCCGGGAGCUCUGCUUGGCUGCAGAGGGGACUGCCACUAGCCCAUCCAUUGCCUGGACUCUUGCCCUUGGAGGAAGCCAGUCAUGGGGGAAACGGGCAAAGAAGAGUAUAAAAUACAGUCGUUUGACAGUGAGACUCAGAAGCUGCUGAAAACAGCCCUCAAAGAUCCCAGCAACGUGGACCUGGAGAAAGUGGCCAAUAUUAUAGUGGACCAGUCGCUCAAAGACUGCGUGUUCAGCAAGGAGGCAGGGCGCAUCUGCUACACCAUCAUCCAGGCAGAGAGCAAACAAGCUGGCCAGAGCGUCUUCCGGAGGAGCCUGCUGAACCGGCUGCAGCAGGAGUACAAGGACAGGGAGGAGCUGCGCACCCGCUCGCUCCAGGCCUGGAUCUGCUACGUCACCUUCAUCUGCAACAUCUUCGACUACCUGAGGGUGAACAACAUGCCCAUGAUGGCUCUGGUGAACCCUGUGUACGACUGCCUUUUCCGGCUGGCGCAGCCCGACAGCCUGCGGAAGGAGGAAGAGGUGGACUGCUUGGUCCUCCAGCUCCACCGCAUUGGCGAGCAGCUGGAGAAGAUGAACUCCCAGCGGAUGGAUGAGCUCUUUUCCCUUCUCCGAGAUGGCUUCCUUCUGCAGGAGGGGCUCAGCUCCCUCUCCCAGCUCCUGCUGCUGGAGAUCAUUGAGUUUCGCGCUGCCGACUGGAAGAUGACGGACGCUGCCCAGAAAUAUUAUUACAGCGAAGUGACGGAUUGACGCCACUGCGGCAAGGGCAGCAAUGCACCCAGCACUCUCACCAGCUUCACAACAAGUUUGAGUUUCUUUUCACACUAAUAUUUUUCUAGCACUUCCUGUAAAUAGGAUUUUACUGGCCAAGGCCUCUGGGCACGUACCUGCCUGUACCUGUCUGCAACUGGGGCCAGCCCGGCUUCGGAGGUUUGGAGAGGCGGGAAGGGCAGUGCACAUUAAACCCAAUAAUUCUCCCAUGGAUUGUCCGGUCCUGGGCUGCUGGCUGACAAAGGGCACGGUGGGCGUCUGGAUCCAACCAGCUUUCGAGAUGGGGGUGAAGGAAAGCAGAGUUGAGGCUGCGAGCACUCUGCUUCACCCAAGAGCCAGCGGAGCUGCGGGACACAGAGAGGGAUCUUCCGCAGCUCAGGCUGUGCCUGGCUCUCUGGACAAGGCGCAGGGAACGCCGCGGCCCCACAAACUGCUUGGCCAAGCGCCAUUUUCCCAGCUCCUUCCAGCCCCCUGGCAGCACCCGCAUGGACACAGCCUCCCCCGAGUCAGAGCCACGAGACCUGGUGCAGGGGUCCCAGAGCACACGCAGCCAGGACAGGUUUUCUAGGUUUUAUACAGCGACUGUCACAUAUUUUUCAGAAUUUAGGAAGUUUCAGCUAUGGUUUCUUAUAGAGAAUGGGAGAGAAAG